ACGGAAGUGUUCUAACAACACAGGCGAGUUCCGCCCUCUCCUAAACCAAUUGAUUUAAAUCAAGGCACAAUUACCCAUUAAACGGUUGUAAUGCACCGUGUUUUUCGGACUUUGUAGCGUAACGUGCAAUGCAAAUGUCGACACCAUGGUUAAGUAUGGUCGGACAACUGCGUGGGGCUUUUUGCUCUGGGGGGUUUUCAUGCAUUUCCAGCUCUUGUCAGGUCUCGGGCUGAAUGAACUGCUGUACUUCCGGGUUAUGAGUCCUGAAGAUAUUGGUUACGUCUUCAGUGCGGCCCCAGCUAAAGACUUUGGCGGGGCUUUUACCUCUUCAUAUAAUGAGAUCCUACUUGUGCUAGCUGAUCCAAUUGAUGGCUGUGAACCACUGAUGAACAAAGAUCUAAUUCAGGGACAGGUGAUCCUGCUGGAAAGAGGGGGGUGUUCCUUUGUCCACAAGGCCCAACAAGUCGAGGAGGCAGGAGGCAAAGCAGUGCUUAUUGCAGAUAACGUAGUUGAGAACGACAAUCUGUACCUGGACAUGGUGGCUGAUGGGAGUACUGCCAUGCCAAGCAUUCCAGCCUUGUUCCUGUUGGGGCGUGAUGGGCUUAUGAUUAGACGAUCUCUCCAGAGACAUGCGCUGCCUUGGGCUGUGAUCUCCAUUCCGGUGAAUGUCUCCUCUUUGGGCUCCUUCCCUCUUAACCAACCACCAUGGACACUGUGGUAGAGCAGACACACGCCAACAUGCCUAGCAACCUGCUGGAACUAAUUACUGGAAAUAUGUAAAUCACCUGGGGUUUCUUAGAAGUUCUCUUAAAAUGCACAAAAUGUGUUUAAUGCAUCUGCAUAUUUGAUUGUUUGUUUUGUUGAAGUAAAAUGUACAUGUACGCCGAACUUGGAUCUUCAUGCAUGAACUUAAUCUAAGCUUUCAUUCAUCAGAGCUUUUUUCGGUUUGGAAUGGUUUUAAUUUCCGAGUUGUUGCCAACGUAUUCCUCUUUCCUUAUUUCUGCAAUUUUUACUCGGUUGGUCACUACUGAGUUUUGGUGUUAAAUGUCCACAAUAAUCUUUUCAUAGACACUAAGACCUCCCUGUUUGGAUUCUAUAACUUUUGGCUUUUAAGGUUCAUGUUGUUUUUUAUACUUCUUGAACAUUUGAAAAAAAUGUACAUAGGGUGACAGUUUGUAAAGCCAAGAAGGUAAUUAGAAAUAGUUAUGGCUUCACUCUCCUUGUAAUACAUUUUUUUCUAUGAAACCACAAUUACAGUAAAAACAUUAAAUGUUUCUUUAUUUGCAUUUACUAUCAAGUAGGAAUAUUAAUCUUUCAGUAUCAUGAUUCUCUUUGGGUCAUAACUCAAUACAAAAUAUAUUUCCAAUUUAAGAAGAGGUGCUAAUAUCCGUAACUGCUCCAGUGUGCUCGGGGCAUUGGGGUCAUGUAUGGCAAGAAAGCAGCGGUAAGUAAAGUGUGAAUAUGAUAAUGUAAUUUUUAUAUUGAAGAAUUAUCAACUGAUUUCAAUAAUGUAAAUGCACACAAAUAAUCCUAAAAUAAACAUGUUGUGAAUGACUAGUCAUAGAAGAUAAGAAAAGUGAUUUUGUAAUUUUGUUUUUGCUUUCCAAUCCUAUCAAGAUAUGUCUGGCAUUGUAUUUAAGGCUUAGUCUAUUAAGGGACAAAGGCAUAUAUUCUAAUGUGGUAAAACAUUUUGACCUCAAUACCAAAUACCAAAAAUAGAAUCAGGAAAGCAAGUAACUGAGUUUUGUCAGGUUAAUGAAUAGGUCUUCAUGGUUUUCCCUGCAAACAUGUUUUUUUAAUAUUAAAGCAAUAAUAUUUUCUGAAUUGUAUAUCUAACGUGUACUUGGGCGAACAAAAAGGCUGGCUGGGCUCGAUGUAUAUAAACGGAAAUCUCUUCUCCAUAACGGCCCCUUCGGUCGGUGAAGAUUAUAGGUAGACUACAACACAAUUAAACGCUAAGGGGUAGAACAUGAGAUGUACACAAAGACAUUCUUUCCUCCCAAUCAUUAGUGGGCAACUUUUUUGCAAUACAUUAUGAUGUUGAUUUCCCUGAAACAAAAGACCAUCAAGCAGGCCGACGGUUUGUUCGUCAGUUUGAUGCGCCGCAAGUUGAUCCAUCGUCUGCAUCCAAAUUGGCCCAGCGCUUCUCCCUUUUCUUUACUGGACCACAAUCUGAGAACAAAGCAGAAAGGCGGAGACGUAUAGGCCAUCAAACAAAUCGGGAGACUUCUUAUGUGAUAUGAGUGAAAUCCACUGACCUAAAUAAUAUAUACAUUUUUUUUUUGUAUAUCUUUAAUACCAGUAGUUAUGUCGAAAUAAAAGUAGGCUAAAAUA